UGCAAUACCCAUAAAUAAGGAAAGCAUCUGAACCUAGUUGAUAGAACUGGCCCUGUUCCCUGUCGGUGGCACUCAAGCUUCAUUCAGGGUCCAGAGGUGCAGGAACAGGGCAUGCUUGACACCUUGUUUGCGUUAUUUCAUGUUCUUAAUGCUCUUUAGCCUGUCUCUCACUUGGCUGACAAGCCUCUUUAGGCUCCGAUAUAUUAAUUUGGAGGCUUUGUCACCCAGAGCCCUUUGACUGCCUUCAAAGGUAGUGACUGCUUCCCCUUGGUUUGGAAUCCUUCUUUGAAGCUCAGUUUUUAGCUGAUGCAACUUAGUUCUCUGUUUCAUGACCCUCUUGUUCUCGAAUGUGAAGAGCCUGCCUCUGGAACGGCGUCUUUAUGUGAGAAAGACAGGCCCUUGUCAUCAAAGCCCUUCUCCCCUGGAGUUAAGACGAUCAGCGUGGGAAUUGGCACAAAGCCAGGCCUAGCAAGAGGAGCCAGCUCAGGAUUGAGAUCUGACACUGAGACAGAUACCACCAUCCUACAGAGGAGACAGAAGCAGAUAGACUAUGGGAAGAAUACUGUUGGCUACCAGCACUUCCGACAACAGGUCCCCAAGGCCGCUCGGCAGCCAGGGAUUCACCCCCAAACUCCAAAUAAGUACAAGAAAUAUAGCCGCCGCUCCUGGGACAUGCAAGUCAAGCUGUGGAGACGGGCAUUGCAUGCCUGGGAUCCGCCCACCCAGCAUCCUCUCCUGUGUGGACAAGGACUUCCAAGGCAGGAGCUGGUGACUCUCUCAGGAAUGAUGGAGACAAACUCUUUGUGUGGCUUCUCAGAAGACUGGCCUGGUACCAUGAGGCCUCUUGAAAAUCUUCCAGGAGAAUCACUGGGCGGACAGUUGGCUGGCUUGUCGUUUCCUGGCUGCUCCUCUCCAUGGCUGCCCCAGAGCCACUCCAACUUGCUGCCCUUCCUAGGAAAUGUGCACACCUGCCCAUACUGCUCCUGGAUGGAGCUAUGAGGAGAGUCCAGAGCAUUUGUUGCCUCAGAAAUGACAGUAUUUGGGGUGUGGGAAGAGCUCAGGUAUCAAGUUACAUACAAGCCCAGCUGCAAGGAUCUCCGAGCUCAUGGAGGACAUUAAAUUAUCCUGAAGCUUGCCCCUGGGACAGAAAGGGGGCUUGGUGUUAGUGUUUAAGCUUGGAGCUGAGCAUCGGACCCCUUACACAAUGCACAAACAGAGAGGUAGCUGCUGGGUUUGUAUCUUCUCCCACAGCCCAACCUCCAAUGUUGUAGAGAAAGCUCUCUGUCAUCUCAGUACCUGUAACCCCAGGCAUUGCAGUGAAUGUCAGCAUGCAUAGGACCAAUUCUUUCUGCUUCCCUUCAGGAAUCUGUUUGGUCUCUUGUGUUCAAGGGAAAGCUAUAUAGAAGGGGUUAGAAAAAUGGAAACUGAGGUCAAUAAAAUUUCCCCAAAGACUCUA